UACUUUUGUACAUUUUUAGGUGUUUGUAAGUAGUCGUGCAGUUAAGAGGAAAAUAAACAGAAAUUCUACACCCUGUGGCGUGGAAUUACGACAUUGCAAUUUAGUAUUCGCCACGAAGCAAAAUGAAAACAUUUCUGAGGACUUUAGCGUUUAUUUGUUGUGUUAUAGGAUGUUGUGGGGUAUCAUACAAGGACGGCGAUGAGGUUAUACUUUAUGUAAACAAAGUUGGUCCAUACUUCAAUCCACAUGAGACAUAUCACUACUAUCAGAUGCCAGUAUGUCGACCAAAAAUUAUUGAACACAAAAGUUUGACACUUGGUGAGGUCCUAGAUGGAGAUCGAAUGGCAAAGUCUGAUUAUGUAAUCAAGUUUAAAGAAAAUAUACAAGACAGGAAACUUUGUGAUUUAGUUCUCGCCGAUCUGGAAGUGCAGUAUCUUCGGGAAUCCAUCGAGGAGCACUAUUACUUUGAAUUUGUAAUUGGUGAUAUCCCAGUCAGGGACUUUAUUGGUCAUCUAGAGGAGUCAGGUUUUGUACCUCAUACUCAUAAAGUGUUUCUUUGGACCCACCAGCAUUUCAGCAUUUACUAUAAUCAGGACAAAAUCAUAUAUGUGAAUUUAACUAGAGAACAUUCACCCUUAAGCCUUGAUGGUGUGGAGCCACCCUUAACUGUGAAACCAACAUACUCUGUCACAUGGAUACCAACAAAAAUUUCAUUUGCUGACCGGGACCGUCUGAUACAGGACAGCAGUUUCUUCCCACGGAGCCUUGAGAUUCACUGGCUGUCAAUCAUCAAUUCCAUGGUGCUAGUUUUCCUUCUUAUGGGCUUCGUUGUUAUUAUUCUGACAAGGGUACUGCGCAAUGAUUUUGCUCGCUACAACGUUGAUGAUGAGGGUCGAGAGGAAGUUGAUAGUGAUGAAUAUGGAUGGAAAAUAAUUCACACAGAUGUAUUUCGCUUUCCACAGCACAAGAGUCUCUUUUCUUCAAUAUUGGGAGUUGGAUGUCAAUUCUUGGCAGUUGCUGUUGGUAUAAUUGCUAUGGCUUUAUGUGGGAUGUUCAAUGUUCAUCGCCAUGGAUCUAUGAACAGUGCUGCUAUCUUUUUAUACGCUUUGGCAUCUGUUAUUGCUGGAUAUGUUUCAGCAUCAAAUUACCGAAUGAUGGGCGGUGCCAAAUUGUCUAACAUCAACAGUACUACAGUGCUAUUUGCAGGUCCAUUCUUUUUGAUUUGGAGUAUUCAGAACACAGUUGCUUGGGCAUACCACUCUACUCAGGCAUUACCGAUCACUACUAUUAUUCUUCUUUUCCUUGUUUGGAUUUGUG